CCUCGCCGGGGAAAGGCUUGGCGGGGGCGGGGCGGCGGUUUCCUCGGCAACGGCGCAGGCGGCUGGUGGCGGCUGGGCCCGGCCGACGUCUCGCGGGGCGAGUUGAUCCCCGCGUAUUUGAGCCAGAAUUAUGGGAUUGUUUGACAAGCUAGCGGGAUGGCUUGGGCUGAAGAAAAAAGAGGUUCAUGUUUUGUGCCUUGGCUUGGACAAUAGCGGCAAAACAACGAUCAUAAAUAAACUUAAACCUUCAAAUGCUCAAACUCAGGACAUCGUUCCAACAAUAGGAUUCAGUAUAGAGAAAUUCAAGACAUCGAGUUUGUCUUUCACAGUGUUUGAUAUGUCAGGUCAAGGGAGAUACAGAAACCUCUGGGAACAUUACUACAAAGAAGGCCAAGCCAUUAUUUUUGUCAUUGAUAGCAGUGACAAAUUAAGAAUGGUUGUGGCCAAAGAAGAACUUGACACCCUUCUGAAUCAUCCAGACAUUAAGCACCGUCGGCUGCCUAUUCUCUUCUUUGCUAACAAGAUGGACCUCAGGGACGCAAUAUCAUCAGUGAAAGUAUCCCAGUUACUGUCAUUAGAAAACAUCAAAGACAAGCCCUGGCAUAUCUGUGCCAGCGAUGCUCUUAAAGGAGAAGGAUUACAAGAAGGUGUAGAUUGGCUCCAAGAUCAGAUCCAAGCAAUGAAGACAUGAGAGAUAAAUAAAAGAUGUAUGGCGUUCUCUUAAAAACUUUGUCAGCAGGUGUAUGAGGUCCUUGGGAAGGAAGAAUGAUUUGAAGAAAAUGAACAGUUCAGCUAAAAUAUACUGUGUUGACUUGUUUCCUUUUAGUAUCUCUUCCAGGAAAACUGAAUGUAGACAACAUAGCACCUCAGGUAUGCACGUUGAUGAAUUAAAUUGAAUCUUGUGACUGGAGAGCAUAUUUUAAAGAGAGAUUUGUGUUAACAAGAAACAUCUGCAUUCAUUUGAGUUUUAGGUGAUCAUUAGUCAUCAGGAAAUGCCCCUCUGGUUUUUUUGGGGGGACAACUUUUGACCAAAUGGGAAUAUUUAUUUUUCCUGAGAAAGAAUACUCAGUUCCUGAAAUACAGCUGCAUGAGAUACCUAAAAAUGGAUACCUAAAAUCAGUAGGUAUUUCAGCAAUAUUUUUAUUGUAAAGUUUGAUGUUGGGUUUUUAGUAACCAUCUAUAAUAGGCUUCUAGGGGAAUAUUUUGAUUUAAGAUACAAGGAUUCAAAUAGUGUAUUUGUUAUAGAUGAUUGCAGAUGUUUUUAAGGAACUGCUUUUAAUGACAUGUUAUGAAUUGUUCUUGUGAUAUACUGUGGUUAUAUUUGCUUUCCCAUCAAUAAAACUUCAAAUAUACAACAUGUCAUGUUUUGCUUUUUUAACUUAAAUAUGUUCAUUGAUGGUCUUUACAUCUCAGAGAUUUUUGGUUUUCUGUUAGCUUCAUUUGUAAUGUGUUUGCUCAUUUUCCAUUGGAAAUAGCACUGUAUACUGUAAUAAAAUGGUAUCUCUUUUGCCAAGCUUUUCUUUUAAUUUCAUAUAUUUGUUACAUUUCUAAUAAACUAGAUUGGUCUUCCAGAUAUUUAAGGAGCAUAGGGUUGAAAGUUAUAUUUUGGAAACACAGUUAAGGGACAGUUCCCUAGUUUACUAGAUCAUUGAUACGAAAUGUGUCUUUUACUUCUGCUGUGUAUAAUGUGGUUUACUUUCAAGAAUAAUUUUUAAAUAAAAAGAAUAAUUUUUGACUUCAAAGAUGUGCCAUAGGUAACAAAUAAAGCCAAUGCUAAGAAUUUUAUUUUUGUCAUGCCACCUUUUCCCCUUUAAUCCUUUCUCCCUUGCCCAAGAAACAAGCAGACUGGCACUGGGAAUGCUGACAACUGUACUUAACUGACUGAUUAGCUGAUUCCUGUGGGAGAUGUAAUAUGUGGGUCUUGCAAAAGCUUUUUUCCCCCCUUAUUAGCAUAUAAAACACACAAAUGUUCUGUAAGCAUGCCUUCUAGGGCUCCCUUAAUAGAGGAAUAUUUGAAGCAAAGGGACCUGUAAGUCUUACUGAAAGAAAUCUUUCUUACAGGAUGCUAUAAUUUUGGUUCAGUUUGUCAUUAAAGUAUUUGUCUUUCGUGUCUCUCUGUGACACCUUUGGCCUUCUGUCAACUCUGAAUCUAAAUAUCUACACAAAAUCAAAUACAAAGGCAGAAAAAUCAUAUAUAAUUCUGAGACAUUUUUCUAACUGAAUUGUGGGGCAGAUAACUUUCUGGUUUACUUUGUAUUGGAUAAUACAGCAACAAAAAUAAUACUUGUUGGAUACACCUUUGGCUGAGUGUAAUUAUUUUGUUAUUAUUUUGGUUCACUUAUGGCUUAUUUAAAUGAAACUUUU